CCGCCGACGGCCGCGCCCCCGACCCUCGAGGUCAUCCUCACCACGACGAUUGAUAAGCUGGGGAAAGCAGGGGAGGUGGUGAAGGUGGCGCCUGGCCACUUCCGCAACCACCUUAUGCCUAAGAUGCUCGCUGUCCCAAACAUGGACAAAUUCGCCAUACUCAUCCGAGAGCAGCGCAAGCUCUAUCAACGUGAAGAGGAGGUGGUGAAAGAAGUCACAAAAGAAGAUGAUGAUGCUCGGGUAGGUUCUGAAUCUCAGAGGAUACAAAUAUUUCUGACCUGCCUUGUUGAUGAAAUGUCUUAGCAAACAGCUUAGUUUAAUCUACCGUUUAUU